GCCCGGGUGGGGCCACCUCAGAAAAGACAGAGAACUGUAGAAGACUUCAAUCAGUUCUGCACCUUUGUGCUAGCCUAUGCAGGCUACAUUCCGUAUCCGAAGGAGAAUGAGCCAUGGACGUACCGAGGCAACAGGAGCCCUCAGAACAGCACUGGAAGCACGCAAGACAGUGACGGUUGGGGAUCAUCCCAGUCCUGUGACUUCCAAGUACUUUCAGAUGAUGGGGGGAGCAGGAACACAGCGUAUAAGGGGACAGGAGAGCUGCUGAACUGCCCUAACGUUACCAGCAGCUUUUGCACCAGUCGGCACCAGCAGACUAAAAAGAGGAAGCAGUCAGCAAAGAAGCUCAGCGUGAACCAGGCAGUGGACAAGGGCUUGAUGUCCCUGAAGGACCAUACACAGAGAAUGCUUGAGACUUGUGAGGAAGCGAAGGAGCUGAAAUCCUGUCUCCAAGAGCUCCCAUCCAGACCUCUCCUGGAGCAAAUGGAGAAAGACUGGAUCCCUGGGCUUCACACUGAAGAGAAGCCGGGGGAACAAGGCACGUACAAGGAGGAAAGAACCAGAUCUGCCUCUUGGAAUAUCAUGGAGCAAAGCAUGGGAGAACUUGAGGGAGGAGGCCCCCAACUUAGCAAUCUGCCUAAGGAAUUUAUUGCAGCCUCAGACACCAAAACAGAUGAAGAUGAUGCUUGGGAUUUAAUAACUUGUUUCUGCUUAAAGCCCUUUGCUGGGCGGCCGAUGAUCGAAUGCAGCGAGUGCGCUACUUGGAUACACCUCUCCUGUGCAAAGAUUCGCAAGUCCAAUGUGCCUGAUAUCUUCAUCUGCCAACGCUGCCGCGAUGCAAAGCAAGAGAUCCGCCGGUCAAACAGAGCCCGGACCGUCCCCCGCAAGCGCUUCUGCGACUGAGUGUAGCUUCAAUCGGAUUUCCGCUGCCAAGACAAUCAGAAUGCAGGAACUGCCCUCGGGAGAGAAGUGAGGCAUCCCUGGACAUUUCCAAAACAUUGAAAUGCGUGUCUUAUUCCAAAUGUUGAAAUGGGGAAGAGGACCGCUGAGGUUCUUUCCUGGAACGGUCUGUCGAGGGUGCUGUUGAGAUCUCAGGGUUAUGCUAGAGCAGCAAAUGCACAGAUGCCUGGCAGACACAAGUGACUGUUUGGGGGGAGGUUUGGGGAGGGUGGAAUUGCAGCAGGCAAUGCACUAAGUCAGCCAGUAGCCUCUCUGCCCUUGCGCAGAGGUGCCUUUUCUCAGCAGCCUAAGGGGAGUAGGCCCAAACAGAGUUUUUCUGUGGUACGCUAGCUGCUCGGACUUAAAAUGGGUAAGAUGAUGCACCCCGGUUUCGUGGUUCUUUGCCCCUUAGAACAGUGGGUUGCAGAGCCCCUCAACCUCUUUCCCAGAAGCCACCUCAAGGGACAGUCCCCUCUUUGUGCACACAGAGCUUAGGGAGGGAUCUUUGUGCUGUCCCCAGGACAGCUGGCGUCAAACUUCAGAGCUGUGGGUCCUGCUCCCCAGUCUUUCAGCGUUCGAGUACAAUGCCAUGCUAUAGCCAGGCUAGUCACUAGUGGACCAGGAAAGGGGUGGUAAUGUUCCCUUACUGUACAUAUUUGGUAUGCAGAGGCUUAGGAAAUAUCUAGCUGUACCUUUACUCCACUCACUUACCCAGCCUAGACUUCCAGUUGCACUACUGUCUUAUUUGAAGGGAACGUGGGGUUUGCAGGAAGGAAGCAAACUGGGAAAGGCAACGGGCAACCUUUGCGGAGCCCUCUUCGGAUCUAAAAGCGGGGAGCCAUUCUUGAGCAAGGUAGUUGGAUGGCAAGCCACCUGGCAGAAGCAGAUUGGGUCCUGCUUGUCUCCAGGCUGCUCUUGGAAGAGCAAGCUGGGGAUUGCUGACAGACAGACAAGAUCUGUGUACUAUGCAAACUACUGGUUGUUCCUGGGAAAACGUGCCAGCAAGCAAAUGCUUGUUUCGGAGAGACCAUCACUCUACCCAGUCCACAAAGCCUCUUCCAAUUUGACCCGUGUGCCUUCUUUAUUUCAUCUCAUCCACACAUUGCACCUUCAGCCACACGUAGAUCUAAAGCUCUGUUCUGAUGGCCCACGGAAUAUGCAGUUGCUUAAUGUGGGCUUUGUCUUCUUCGGGAUAGGCUACUUAGUCACCCUACUAAAGAACAAAAAUCCAGACCUAACCUAUGAUUCAGAGCACCUCUGCCCACCCGCCCCUUGAGUGUUUACAUUUUUACAGUUAGUCUCUUUAAAAAUGUAAGGUAGCACAAUACAUGCUGUAUACUGGGUGUCUGAGUGAUACAUAUAGAUUAAAACACUUUUAAGCAGCUGUUAUUGCUUCAUUUCCGUGCAAAUCAAACCACCGUUCUAUUAGCAGACCACAUUUCCAGACAAGGCACUCUUACCCUGAUUUUUGGGCUUGUCCAGUAUCCCUGGGUUGGAAACAUCUUCUUUCUCAUCCACUACUAUUAUCAGAGUUUGUUCUGGUUUCCUCUUCCUUGCUACCCCACAAGACAAGAUUGCACCGGAACCAAGGCUUGCUUAAUUGUAUGCUCUGCAUAGUUGUGUAACUGAAAGUAAAUUGUGUAAUUGAAAGUAAACUUGGAAAUUAGGGUGCUACAUCUGCCUCUUAGGGAGCUGAUUUUCCUACAAGAUCAGCGGUGCA